CUGAGUCACAGUCUCAUUCACUGGUUUCUUGACGCUGUCUUGCCAGGAGGCUCCCAACUACUCCUGCACCUUCAAGGUCCCCACCUCCCGGCGCUCCACUCUCAGACCGACAGACAGACACGCCGACUCCCGAGUUGGCAGCUUUGCGCCCGAGGGUGUUGCGAGCCGAGGCGGCGAGGACAGGGCGCCUCUGGCCCAGCCAGCACGCGGGAUGCGGCGCGGGCAGCAGCGCUAAGCUCCCCUGCGCUGGGCACGGGGCGUACGCGCUCCGGGUGGCUGGCGGAGCGGCGGCUGAGGAGGGGAUGCGCCCGGGACGCGCAAGGCUCCUGCCGCGAGCUACCAACCCGAGGUGGACCCUAAGUAGGGCUCAUCGCAGGACCGCGCGGACCCCUGCCCUCCGGGGCACGCGGCUGCGGAGCCUCGGGGCCGCGGCUGCGGUCAGGAUGCCCUGGGCACCUCUCUGCUGGUGAGGAUGCCCUGCUGCGCGGCUCUGCAUCCCCAGGCCCGGUCCCUGGUGGGCACGACUGUCUGGGCCCGGCUUCGGCCCCUCCUGCGGGUGGAUGAAAAGCGCCGGAAGUCUUUGAGUGCGAUCAGCGAUCGAAUCUGAAUUCUAAGAGCCAUGGACGAAGGCACGGGGCUGCAGCCCCAGGCGGGAGAGCAGCUGGAAGCACCGGCCACAGUAGGAGCUGUCCAAGAAAAGUGCGAACCAGAGACCUUUAGGUCCCAGAGUUUACCCGCUCUGAACAGCGCCUCCUGCAGGCCAGACCUGAGUCCCGCGAGCAUAGGCGCCAAGCCCGCCUCCGGCUGUACAGAUUCUUCUAGACAUCAGGAGUUGAAGCCAAGCCCCGGCCCGCGGGCCCCCAGCCCGUCCGCCCCGUCAACUUCGGCAGAGACGGCAGGGCUGGUGGAAUGUAACCAGCGGGUGGAAGUCAGCAAAACCAUGUCGGUGUCCUCCACUCUGGCCAUGCUGCAGGGGAGAAGGUGCCUCUACGUGGUCCUCACUGAUUCCCGUUGCUUCCUGGUUUGCAUGUGCUUUCUGACCUUCAUCCAGGCAUUAAUGGUCUCCGGGUACCUGAGCAGCGUCAUCACCACCAUUGAAAGGCGCUACAGCCUGAAAAGUUCCGAGUCGGGGCUGCUGGUCAGCUGCUUUGACAUUGGGAGCCUGGUGGUGGUGGUUUUCGUCAGCUACUUUGGCGGCCGGGGGCGGCGGCCCCUGUGGCUGGCAGUGGGGGGUCUCCUCAUCGCCGUGGGGGCUGCCCUCUUCGCUUUACCUCACUUCAUCUCGCCUGCAUACCAGAUCCAAGAGUUGAACGCCUCAGCCUCCAACGACGGCCUGUGUCAGAAUGGCAACUCCUCGCCCACUGUGAAGCCACCCACCUGCCUGAAGGACUCGGGAGGAAACAGUCACUGGGUCUAUGUGGCUUUAUUCGUUUGUGCACAGAUUCUCAUUGGAAUGGGCUCCACACCUAUUUAUACCCUGGGACCAACCUACUUAGAUGACAAUGUCAAGAAAGAAAACUCAUCCUUGUACUUAGCCAUCAUGUAUGUCAUGGGCGCACUUGGUCCUGCAGUGGGAUAUUUAUUAGGUGGACUUCUUAUUGGUUUUUAUGUUGAUCCCAGAAAUCCCGUUCAUCUUAACCAGAAUGAUCCUCGUUUCAUUGGAAACUGGUGGAGUGGAUUCCUCCUUUGUGCCAUUGCAAUGUUUCUUGUGAUAUUCCCAAUGUUUACUUUUCCAAAAAAGCUUCCACCUCGACACAAGAAAAAGAAAAAGAAAAAAUAUUCUGCUGAUGUUGUUGGCGAUGAUGAUGUUGUGAAGGAGAAACCAAACAACUGUGAACAAGUGGACAAAAAAGUUUCUUCUAUAGGAUUUGGAAAGAAUGUCAGAGACCUACCACGAGCAGCUGUCAGGAUCUUAAGCAACAUGACAUUCCUUUUUGUGAGUUUGUCAUACACAGCUGAGAGUGCCAUUGUGACUGCUUUCAUUACCUUCAUUCCCAAGUUCAUCGAGUCACAGUUUGGUAUUCCGGCUUCCAAUGCCAGCAUCUACACUGGCGUUAUCAUUGUCCCCAGUGCCGGCGUUGGGAUUGUCCUGGGAGGCUACAUCAUAAAAAAAUUGAAACUUGGUGCAAGAGAGUCUGCAAAACUAGCAAUGAUCUGCAGUGGUGUGUCUUUACUGUGCUUUUCAACCCUGUUUAUUGUUGGAUGUGAAAGUAUUAAUCUAGGGGGCAUAAACAUCCCUUACACGACGGGACCUUCUCUGACCAUGCCUCACAGGAAUCUGACGGGAAGCUGCAAUGUUAAUUGUGGUUGUAAAAUCCACGAGUAUGAGCCAGUCUGUGGAUCAGAUGGAAUUACAUACUUUAACCCUUGUCUGGCUGGCUGUGUUAACAGUGGUAAUAUGAGCACUGGGAUAAGGAAUUACACAGAAUGCACCUGUGUCCAAAGCCGGCAGGUGAUCACUCCGCCCACGGUGGGACAGCGCAGUCAGCUCCGCGUGGUUAUUGUCAAGACGUAUCUCAACGAGAACGGCUAUGCUGUGUCCGGGAAGUGUAAACGGUCCUGCAAUACCCUCAUCCCGUUCUUAGUUUUCCUUUUCAUCGUGACCUUCAUCACAGCGUGUGCCCAGCCAUCCGCCAUCAUAGUAACACUCAGGUCCGUAAAAGAUGAGGAGAGACCUUUUGCCCUGGGAAUGCAGUUUGUUUUAUUGCGAACACUUGCGUACAUUCCUACUCCGAUUUACUUUGGAGCCGUUAUUGACACCACCUGCAUGCUCUGGCAACAGGAGUGUGGCGUGCAAGGCUCUUGCUGGGAAUACAAUGUCACGUCCUUUCGUUUUGUCUACUUCGGUUUGGCAGCCGGCCUCAAAUUUGUUGGCUUUGUUUUUAUUUUUUUGGCCUGGUACUCCAUUAAAUACAAGGAGGAAGAAAUGCAGAGGCGGAGCUGGAGAGAAUUCCCGCUGAGCACCGUGAGCGCGGUGGUGGGCCGCACUGCCAGUGCCAAUAAGUGUGCCCGGACUAGGUCCUGCCCGAUUUUCAGCACCCAGGGAGAACUCCACGAAGAGACCGGUCUGCCAAAAGGGAUCCAAUACACAGCGCAGACCUAUCCGGGGCCCUUCCCAGAAGCAAUAAGUUCCUCCCCAGACCUGGGGCUGGAAGAAAGCUCUGCUGCUCUGCAGCCUCCCUCCUGAAGCUUGAAAAUGGAAGUUGAAUAUGGCGGCUUGAGAAACACCUGUGCCUUCUUUUCUUUCUUUCUUUUUUUAACCUCUAAAGACACAAUCCUCAAACCAACAAAACUCAGUAGACACAGCCACUGUUGAUUGAGGGCUGGAUACCUCAACAAGACUGAGCCUUCCCCUGCCUUCUCUCCACGAAGGAGGCGUUUAGAUAGAUUUGUUACCAUCUCUGAGAUGUUCAUUUGAUGCUCAUGCUCCAGUGUGGAAUCAGGCUGGGUGCGUGGUUAACAAAAUCGUGGGACAUGUGAUGACGGUGCGUAUCAGUAACAUACACUCCGGAUGAGGGUGAGCUUGAUUGUGACUUUGCAUUUACAAAUCAAAGUUUCUAGGUACGAACACCUACUGUGAGUUCUGCUACAAAGCACAAAUGAAUUUGCCUCAACUAUGCAAUCCGAUUGGGAAAAUGUAAGUGCAGUGUGUUACUUUUGCUUUUGGAGACUAGAGCAGGUACUAAAAGAGAGGAAGCUGAACUUUCCCUAAAGUACUGUUAAUUGCACUUUAAGCCAUAGCAGAGUUAUCAAUCAGGUAGAGAUGUUCAAACGCUUCAAAGGAACCAUGUGCAUAGUGUAACAAAGGGAACAGCUACUUCAUUUCGUUAAAACACAUUCUCUUUUAGUCUGUCCACCCCACCAUAAAGGAGUUAAAGAUGCUACUAAGUCAUCAACCUGAUAGCUUGUAAGAAACCCCAGGAUUCUUUCAUCAGGGGCUUUAAAACUAGUGUGCUAAAUAAUAUGGCUGGGAACUGUAGUUUGAGAUGCAUAACAAAUAAAGAAAUGGAUGGCUUUCUCCUCCAAAGAGAAUUGCUGCAGAAAUCCUUUGAACUUUUAAGGGCCCCCUGAAGGGUGGUUAAUAAUUGCCACCCUGACACUCAGAAGAGUUGGAAAGAGAAAUCCCACAGAAAUAAGACUGAGUCUCACCCGAUCGUUUUGGUUGUACACCUGGAAGUGUGAGCAGCUCUGCAGUUUUCUUUUUUAUGAACAGCAAAUUGCUGUGGUUGUUCCUAAAGUGGAGUCCUUUCAUCGGGAAGGCUGUGCCUGAGAUAUGAAAAUCACUCUAAACACAGCAGGAGGGACAAACCUAGCAGCUGGACCUAGAUUAUGAUCCUAAGUAAUGACUGAAAAUUAUUUAACUUGAACUGAUUGGUCACACCGAAUCCUACUUUAUCAGAGUUAGGAUGGUUUUACCCCUCUCUUUAAUUGCUUCCUACUGUAACCUUCCUGCAGUGGUUCCGAGAGGAUUUUUCUCUUCCUGUUGCACUUCGGGUUCGUUAUCCAUCAUCCUUUCAGUCCCCACCCCCUGCACAUCACUUUGACUUGGAUGCCACACAGAAUAUUUUCCAUGUGGUUCUUAAGGUCGAUGCCUCCUGACAGCACUGUGGACUGAUAGCAAGUUAACUCAUGGCCUCUGGCUGCUCAGAAAAAGCAUAAUGACAACUCAGAUUUGGGAGGGACUACGACGUGCAGAUAUCAAUGUGAUCGUGAACUGUUACCACCAAGGAGCCUAAGCUUACGUCGGGCUGACUUGGGGAACGGUUUCCUCGGCUGGUGGACACUCUCCCUCCGAAGGGGUGCGACUGACCCAUGAUUUGGGCUUUCUGCCCUCCAUGCGUGGCUGCACGGGCGGGGUUGUGUGACUGUCCCUGGGUCCAAGGUGGCUUUCCUCUCUACCUGGGAAUGGCCUUGGUCAGGCGGCUCUCUUGGUUGUGUGCGGUUUAUGGAGAGGCUAAUCGCUGUUAAACUAAGCAAUGUCUACAAGGGGUGGAGUCCGUGGUCCCAGGUGACAAGGACGUACUUCCCCUGGAACAGGCUCGUUUGGCUAAGUCAUAAGAACCACCGUUGCCUAUGGUUACACUGUGUCUGUCCAACUUUGGUCAACGUGGUGUCUGCUGAAGGUCUGCAGAGAUAUUGCUGAUCAUCUUCAUGUCCACUCUGGGGCCUCAGUGAUGCCCUUCACUCUUUGUGGGAGAUCUUUGAUCCUUCAGAAGAGAAAGUUUCCUUUCACGUUGGAGCUAAAGAUACGUAGAUUUGGAAAAGGUGGUGUUUUUGUAAUUUUACUCUGAUCGUUUAGAUCCUGUAUUGAGAGAGUUUUAGUGGGAUUGGCCCUUUUUUCU